AUGUUUCAAGAACGUUUUUUGACGGUUUUGUUCGGCGCAGUGAUGUCGAUAACGGUACCUUCCUCUGGAUUUAGUCCUGAACGAUCAGAAUUUUUGAAUGCCCAAAACGAAAAAUUCAAAGUAAAUAUUCCAGCUACUUGGAACGUGGUGCCAUCGUUAGAGACAGAUCAAAAAAUCACCGUGGACCACACUUCCAGCCCAAAAACGGAAGUAACCGGUAUCGACAAGGGUCUGCAAAUCUCAGACACGAAGGUGUCAACGAAGACGAUCGAGCAAACGAGCCCGGCAGACGCGGCACGCGAGAAAAGAUUCGAUUUCGUCGUAGACAAUGGGAAAAACAUUAAUAUUGUCAUGAUCAUUGCUGAUCCUGGCCAAGAUCAGGAGGAAUUUUGGAAAAAUUUCAAGGCUUCUCACCUCUUCUCUGUAGAAGGAAUGCUUCAAAGUUGUAACAACAAUCAAGUGGACAAGAUUCAAUCAAGAUUCUCACUGGAUGAUGCAUUGAUUUCUGCUAACAGAGACAAGAAACACGAUUGUGAACACAUGCUGCGUUCAAACAUUGCAUCAUUGUUGCUUUGGACUCGAGACGUUAAAGGAAUGACCACAGGAACAUUGUCAAAUGGGAAUUUCACAAUUCCAUCCUUAUUUGGAUUCGAAGAAACUGUAGGGCUUUCGAAAGAAUUCGACGAAAUUGAAGAGAAUAACAUGAAACCAGAAAUUCACAAGCUCAAACCAGAAAUUCGGGACUGGCACGUGAUCGACGUAGCAAAACCAACCAAUCGUGUUUCUUCAUUUAUGUCUACGCAAAGCAAUCGAGAAGAUGACGAAGCUGCAUGGAACGUGUUCGACAUGUUCUCGAAGAUAAGGAUGGUUCUGUUCCGCUCGUUGUUGGAGUCUCUUGGAAACGUUGGCGCCUCUGAGGAGCCCAUCCCGUCUCGCAGAGCGCAUUUCCUUCGAUCCAAUUUGAUGGACAUGGUCGAGGAAUUGAAGUCGGUUGAAAACGAAAAAGGUUUCAUACUGGUCGCCUCAGUGCCUGCCUCUGAAGUUAAUUCUGCAUUAGAAACUCUACAACGUGAAGCACAAGAUACUCUUGUUAUCAUAACUGGAGUCUGCACACAUGAUGGUAAACCCGUGCCAUAUUUCGCCAGAGGUCCAUCCGCCAAAAUAAUUCGUGAGGCGACGAAAAUUUGGGAUGUUCCCAAUAUAAUCAAAAGUAUCAUCGCGAAUGGUUGUCAAGACUGCAAAAAUCGUCGACACGAUGUUUCUCCACCUCCAGUUGCUCAGUUGAAGAUCGUUCCACAUAACUUGGCUAAUUUGAAGAGACCUUUGCGAGAUACUGUUAAAAAAUCGGAUGACGAUAAGAAGUUGAUUGAUGCUCCAGUUAAUAAGAAUGAAAUUAUUAAAAGUGUUGCUGAUAUAAAUGCGAAGGAAGAAACAAAGAACGAAGAUAUAGAUUCAUUGUCGAAAUUGGACACAAAUUCAGCAAACUUCAAAAUGGCAGACAAAUUUACCACAAUUUUAGGUAUAAUACUCUCGAUGGUUGGCGCAUUCACACUCACCUCUUAAGGAAUAAUGUCGAUAUAAUUAAUCGAUGAUCUUCGACUUCCUUUUUUUUUUUAUAGAAGCUACUUCAAAUUUUUCUUGAAUAAAAAGUAUAAUAUUGAAGUUAUAAUUUUGAUUUCUUUGUGUGAAAAUAUAUAUGAUUGAUUUUGAAGAUAAAAGUGAU